AUGUCUAUCUCUAUUCCUUCUAUUCCCGGUGGUUCUGGUCUCGCCUUGGGACUAAAUGGAUAUUGGGGGCAACUUGGAUCUGAUUCUCUCAAGUCCUACUGUGAUUCCGGCCCAGAGUACGUUACUCUGUCCUUUGUGAACCAGGCUCCCGAACAUACAGAGUCAGGCUAUCCUGGUACCAACUUUGCCGGACACUGUGCGGCUGGUGUCUUCAGUAACAAACAUGGAGUUUCCUCAUCACUCCUCAGUGAGUGCUACACUAUUAAGGAGGGCAUUCCAUACUGCCAGGAGCGCGGAGUCAAGGUUCUUCUGAGCAUUGGUGGAGUCUACAACGAGGCUGGAAGCAACUACAAGGUGACCACUAAUGACAAGGGCGUUGAUUUUGCCGACUUCCUGUACAAGGCCUUCGGUCCUUAUGAUCAAAGCUGGGAUGGUCCUCGUCCUUUCGACAGUGACGAUGGUACAACUCGUCCUGCUGUUGAUGGUUUCGACUUUGAUAUCGAGCAUGACCUUCCCAACGGCCCUUAUAUCGCCAUGAUCAACGAGCUUCGCCGAUUAAACAACGACGUUAUCAUUACUGGCGCGCCCCAAUGCCCUACUAGCGACGAAUACUUUUACAUGAAAGACAUGAUCAAUCAGGCCAAGUUCGACGCCCUCUUCAUCCAGUUCUACAACAACCCUGGCUGCGAUGCUAUCCCCGACCCCUCAGUCUCAUGGGAUAGAUUCAACUACGAUGACUGGGAGGCCAUUGUUGAGGACAGUGAAUGCAGUCAGAACGCCAAGCUCUACGUUGGUCUCCCUGCUAGCAAGGCCGCUGCUCCGGGCGGAGGUUAUCUCGAGCCAGAAGCCAUGAAAGAUGUCGUCUGUGCUCUCAAGGACAAGACUCACUUCGCUGGUAUCUCUCUCUGGGACUUGACUCGUGGUGCUGGUAACGAGAUUGAUGGCAAGGACUAUAAUCAGCAUGUCAUGGAUGCGCUGAAAUAUGGUUGUGACCCUGUUCCUGUUACGACCACCACUGCCUUCACCACUACCACGGAGGCUACUUCUACUGCGGAGUCUACUACAACAGCUGACACAACUACUACCGAUGUUUCUUCUACUACUGGUGUAACAACCACUUCUGAUGCUUCUUCAACCUCUGACGCUUCUUCCACGGAGACUGCCACAACCAGCGGGUCGACAACUGCUGAUACUACCACCACCUCUGGUGUUUCUUCGACCGAGGAUUCCACAGCCAGCUCUGAUACCUCCGCAGCUACUGAUGCCUCUUUGGCAACCGAGACAACCGAUAGCUCUGCCACAAACGUUUCUGGUUCUGCCACUGACACUACUGCUUCCGAAAUAUCUGCCACAGCCACUGAUUCUUCAGCUGACACCACUGAGACCUCCGCAACUGGCAGUGUCUUGAGCACCGGUACUUCAUCCGCCACAGCCGAUGUCACAGCUACUAGUGACUCUUCUGCAACCACUGACGAUGCCGCGACGUCGACCACCGAUGCCACUCUCGAGAGUAACACAAUCACAGGAACUGCCAAGACAACGGAUUCUGCCCAGGAAACUGAGUCUGCUACUGCCGAGACCACUUUCAGCACCUUCAAGGGCUGGAACACUACCUACGAUGCUCCCUCUUAUACUCAGAAGAAUGGCAACCCCACGACCCUCAUCCCCUCUGGCACUGCAACUGUUACCAAGGGAUCGCCAGUUCACACAAAGUACCCUGACAACACUUCUGCUGUCAGCGUGACUACGAGCACGGUCUGCACAACCCGAGUCCAUACUGCGGUGGAUGGUUACGUGAUCACCGAGACUAUCCCUCUGUACACGACUGUCUGCCCCGUUACUGGUAAGGCUAAGCCUACCAACUACGCUGUGCCCUCUCAGUAUGAGACCAAGACUGUUUACACCACGAGUGUUCACACCGUCACCAAGUGCCCUCCUGAAGUUGUUGACUGCCCCUAUGGAUCUGUUACUACUGAGACCAUCCCUGUCUACACCACAGUCUGCCCUGUGACAGAGAAGAGCAAGCCUGUUCCCACUGAUGUCCCUUACAACCAUGAGAUCAAGACUCUCUACACAAGCCAGGUCAACACCAUCAGCCACUGUGCUCCUGGUGCUACCAACUGCGUCGUCGGCGCCGUCACCACAGAGAUUGCUUCGUGGACCACGGCUACUGUGCCUGCGCAGCAGACUCAGCCCAUCAAGAUCUACAAGCCUGUGCCUGAGAUGCCCAAGAUCGCCACUAAGGAGGCUCAUUACUACGGCACUAUUUACACCACCGUUGUCGUUCCUCCUGUCACGCUCAAGACAGCUGCUAAGCCCGGAGUUUUCGAGCAGGCUAAGCCCACUCGUGAGCAGUCCUCCGGUGCUGCCGCUCCUACCGGUGGCUACAAGUCGGUACCGGCGUCGGCCGCAACCUAUGCUCCGGCCCCGAUCACUCCCGCUACUGCCGGAGCCUCUUCCCUCGCCAUUGGCUUGACUGCCCUGGCUGGUAUGGUGCUCUUCCAGGUGCUUGUGCUGUAG